AUUGAAGGAAACAAUAUCAUUAGUACUUGGUAUAUUACUCCAUAUAUGCUACAUGAGCAUCGAUCUUGGGCUAUAAAUGAACGCACCGAUGGAAAAGCUAAGCCUCACAGCCAGUAAGAACUAAGAACGAUAGCUAGCUCUCUCUUAGCAUUGUUGCCAUGGCUCACGUACAUGUAGACGAGCUGCUCCACGAAGCAGCAGCGGCAGCUCCACGAUCUCUCUUGAUCGCGAGUGCGGUGCUCUUCUCCCUUGUGGUUGUGCCGCUCCUACUCCGCAUUAUUAGCAAGCAGGGAGCGGCAAGCGAUGCCAAGCUGCUGAGCCUGCUCCCAUCUCCCCCGACGAAGCUCCCCAUCAUCGGGCACCUGCACCUAAUGGGCGAUCUCCCCUACGUCUCCCUCGCCGGCCUGGCCGCCAAGUACGGCCCGGAACUCAUGCUGGUACACCUCGGUGCCGUGCCCACCGCCGUCGUGUCCUCGCCGCGCACUGCCGAGGCCGUCCUGCGCACCCACGACCACAUCUUCGCGUCACGGCCGCGGUCGAUGGUCUUCGACAUCAUCAUGUACGGGCAGACGGACUCGUGCUUCGCGCCCUACGGCGAGCACUUCCGGAAGGCCAGGAAGCUGGUGACGGUGCACAUGCUCAACGCCAGGAAGAUACGGUCCCAGCGCCCGGCCCGGGUGGAGGAGGUCCGGCUAGUGAUUGGAAAGAUCGCCAAGGCCGCGGCCGCGCGCGAGGCCGUGGACAUGAGCGAGCUCCUGCACUCGUACGUCAACGACCUCGUUUGCCGUGCUGUGUCGGGCAAGUUCUCCCAGGAGGAGGGGCGGAACAAGCUGUUCCGUGAGCUCACCGACAUCAACGCGGCGCUCCUGGGAGGGUUCAACAUCCUCGACUACUUCCCGAGCCUGGGGAGGUUCGAGUUGGUCUGCAAGAUGGCCUGCGCCAAGGCCCGACGGGUGAGGAAGCGGUGGGACCUGCUCCUCGACAAGCUAAUUGACGACCAUGCAGCAAGGAUGGUAAGCCGUGAGGAUGAGGCCCAGCCGGCGCAAGAGGAAGACAAAGACUUCAUCGACGUAUCCCUAUCUCUUCAGCAGGAGUAUGGUCUCACCAGGGACCAUAUCAAGGCCAUCUUGAUAGACAUGUUUGAGGCCGGCACGGACACCUCGUAUAUGACGCUGGAGUUUGCCAUGGCGGAGCUCAUACGGAAGCCACACCUUAUGAAGAAGCUGCAGGAAGAGGUAAGGAGGAAUGUACCAAACGGGCAAGAGAUGGUCGCCGAAGACGAUCUCCCCAACAUGACCUACCUCAAGGCUGUCAUCAAGGAGACACUCCGGCUGCACCCGCCGGUACCUCUCAUGAUUCCACACUUCUCCCUAGACGCCUGCACCGUUGAUGGCUACACGAUCCCAGCAAACACUCGUGUCGUUAUCAACGCCUGGGCACUCGGCAGGCACAGUAGCUACUGGGAAAAUGAAAAUGAAUUCCAACCUGAGAGAUUUAUGAAUGGAGCCGGCGUUGAUCUGAAGCCAAAUGAGUUCCAUUACUUGCCAUUUGGGUUUGGACGUAGAAUGUGCCCUGGGGUUCACUCGGCAUCAGCAACGGUCGAGACAAUGCUGGCAAACCUCAUGUACCGUUUCGAUUGGAAGCUUCCACCCGGAUUGAAGGAAGAGGACAUAGAUAUGACUGAAGUGUUUGGAAUAACAGUUUCAAGAAAGGAAAAGCUCAUCUUAGUCCCCGUGACCGCAUGAGUGCAUGUAGCUUGCAGCUCAAAAAGUUGAGCCAUCAUGGUAUUUGGUGCGCCCAUAUAUGAAUGUAUUCAGAACUUCUUUUUAUUUCAAAAAUAAGGUUGAAAUCCUCGACCUCUACAUCAUUGUAAUGCGCACAACUAGACAAAUAAAAGUGAAUUGUUUUUA